CAUGUCAGUGACACGGUACGACACAAGGCGUAAGUAACACGCACGAGGACACGCAAGACAUGAUGAAACACAAGCAAGACGUGGCGCACGUGGAAGACGUCUCGCACAAACACGGAACAUGUACGAGUACAUUCGUCGCGUAGGGACAGCACUUACAGCAUAUGUCACACUUGAGGACGUGAAACCAAAUUAGAACAACAACAAAAUGUCUUGUUGGGUGUCAGAAAGAGCCAAACAGAUCACGGGUCGUCAGGCAAGAUAUGCACCGAAACGCACACGCGGAGGAAAAAGUGGACCGCCGGCUAUGAGUCCUGAUCUCGAUCCGAUUGCAAGUCUUCUCAAGGGAAAGGAUCCCUGCAGGUGUUCGAGAGACUGGGAGAAAAAUAACACGUGAGGAGUGCAAAACGCUUGGGAGGUGGGUGGACGCAGGCAACGUUGCUGCCAACAAAACCAAAAGGAGGCCUGAGGACGACCCACAUCCUCCUCUCAGUCUCCCGUUCAUGUCAAGUACUGGGAUCAACUUUCAUGUGCUGUAUGUCCAUGCGCAUCUUUAGGAUACUCGGCCGCUCUGGUCGUCGUGUUUUUCAAACGGCGACGUAAAGAUAACAACGGUGGAGAAGCAAAAGGACAAAAGUCAGUCCAAGUCCCUGCGCGAGACAUUGCCGACACGUGAAUGCGGUUGGACGGUCAAGCGGGGGCCCAAGACGCACUUGCGUCAGACCGCCCCCUGCGGGACAUUUGUGGCUGCACAAGCCCCCCAAUCCAUGGACACGGCUCUUCCCGUGUCCCGCCGCCCUUCCCGAGUCGAGCCAUCAAAUGCGUUAUUAUUUUUCUUGUCAUGAGCAUUUUGUAGGGAGCGUGCUGGAAUAAGGUGUCGUGAUGUUCUUAACGAAGUGACUGCUGAUAUUUCGUUUUCCUGUUCAAAAUGAAUUCCAUUGAUGUCCAUCUGGUAACUAUGUCGUCGUAGGGAGAUGAAAAACAAACAGACGAGCUUUUUUCGGCACUUUCGUCACAAAGCGAAGUUGACGUCUCAGGGGUGACGUCAUCCGCGAUGGCGCCCAAUGGGCGAGCAGCCCUUUGACGCCGCGGACGUUGCCUUGCAGCCGUUGGACGUCGGACGUCAGUUGGCCGCUUGACGUGAUGAUGUGACUGCGGCCGCUCGGAGCUUCCACCCCGCCAUCCGCGAGCUGCGUGACCCCCUCCGCCCCCCCAACUUUUUUUUUUUUUUUUUUUUUUUAGCAUCCCUUAGCUCAUCUUGGCUUAACUUAGCUUAGCCUGGCGACCUUUUCAACUUUCAGCAGCCACGCACGCGAUGAGCGGUCGGAGCCACAGAUCCAGGUCAGAGCACACGCACGCGCACGGCGCACGCGCACGCGCCGGCCUUCCCCAACCUGGGCUGAAGCAAAGGCCCGCGCGCCCCAUUUGGGAUCGGUCACCACACAGCCCCAAAAGUCCACUCAACGCCAAGCGAUGUUGCUGCUGCUCGCCACCCAAAGACGAGCGUGGACGAUUUUCCACAGUGACUCAGGUCAAGUCGGAAUGGCUAAAAGAGGAGGAUGAGGGCUCGGUGUCGGAGUGGGCGCAGGAGAAGUGCGUGGAGCUGGUGAAGGGCCCGUGGACCCUGGAGGAGGACGAGCGGGUGAGUGCCGGCGCGCGAGCGCUAGCGCCAGCGGGCGGCGCUGGCGCCGACGCUGACCUCCGACUGGCAGGUGGUGGAGUUGGUGCGCAAGUUCGGCAAGAAGCACUGGUCGCUGAUCGCCAAGCACAUGCGCAGCCGCAACGGCAAACAGUGCCGCGAGCGCUGGCUCAACCACCUCAACCCCAAAGUCAUCAAGAGUCGCUGGACCCCCGAGGAGGACCGCAUCAUUUGCCAGGCGCAAAGGGUGCUGGGGAACCGCUGGGCCAACAUUUCCAAGCUUCUGCCCGGCAGGCCCGACAAUGCCAUCAAGAACCGCUGGAACUCCACCCUGAAGAGGAAGGUGCAGAAGGAGGGCCCGUGCCCCAUCCUCCGGCGACACCCGGACUCGGGGGCGCGCCGCAACAUUUCGUCCAGCUCCUCGUCGUCCGGCUCCUCCGACUCGGCGGCCUCCUCCUCCUCCUCGUCCUCGUCCUCCUCGUCCUCCUCCACCUCGUCUUCCGCCGCCGGCCAGGUGUCGUUCAAGGCCGAGGCGGCGGCCGAGGUACCCGCGUAACGCGCACGUCGCGGGACACGCGGCGGCCGACGCGUCACGUCCUUUGCCUUCCAGGACCACCUGAUGAGCGGCGAGAUCCUGGACAUGUUGACGGACUGGAGCCCCGACCGCGGCGGCGAGCACAAGGACCGGGCCGGCGCCUCGUCCCGCUCGGAGGAUCACCUGAUGAGCAACGAGAUUCUGACCAUGCUGAGCGAGUGGAGCCCCGCCCACAGUGGGGAGCACAAGGACCGAGCCGCCGCGCCGUCUCGCUCGGAGCUGCUGGGUCUCGGCGCCGCGGAAGACGCGAGGCUCUCGGCCGACGGCGAGGGGCUCGCGGGCGGCGCCCGGGCCGGCGGCGAGCUCUUCUGCUUCCCGCUGAUGGGUCAGGAAGUGUGGUGGUGCCUGCAGCCCGCCGAGCCCGUGGACGUCGCCGAGUCGGCCAGAAUCAAAAGCGAGCCCGUUGAGAGAAAUGUGAUGGGCGGAGCCUGCGAAUCUUCAUGAAGCUGCGUCACACCGUUUGCAUCUUUUGUUAAUCCCUUUUAGAUCUCGAUGUAAGUAUUUUAAGUCUAUGCAUUGAUGUACUUGUAGUGUUGCUUGGCUUUUAUUUCUCAACUUUUUUUUUUGUGGGCGUCAGAUGUUCAUUGCAGUUUUUCUUUGAUUUCUUGAGCAGGAACAUCUUCGACGUGAACGUUUAGAAAUCAGUCGACUUUUCGCCCGCACGCACUCGAAGUCGUCUUGAUUGUAUUUUCAGCUCCUUUUCAUGUGAAAAGGACAAUGGACUUGAUUGAUUGGAUUUGUAAAGCUUUUAACUUGGAAAUUCCUUUCAAAUGAAGCCGCCCGCGCACACAAACGGAAACUACUGAUUUACUGAAUGUCGGAGCGACGCCAGAAGAAACUGUAUCGACGCUUUUUUUUGGAAUUGUUUGCGCUCUUUGAACUGGAACAUUUUAAUGAUAUGCGCACCAAAAUGUCGCUUCGUCACUGAUUGAUGAGAAUACUUUGAACGAGAAUUAUCGAUCAGCAUCAACUCCGACAGAGUGACAUCAGAUUGUUGUUCAUAGAAUAUGCUGCCGAUGAUUAUUGGCUCUUUUGGGAUUCAUUUCACGUCAUGAAAAACUCGUUUUUGUACCAAAUGUUUCUUAGUAAAAGCAAAAGAAUUAACGCUG